AUGAUGGUGCUGCCUGGCUUGUCGUCGGCCAGGCUCUUGCUGCUGCUGCCGCCGACGCCGCCGUCGCUGCUGAUUAUUGAGCAGUUGCGAUUGUUGGCCACCCAUUGGCGCAGUUCGAAGGCUGUUGCGAUCGCCGCCGCCAUAGCCUACACAAAACCCAUCCUGCGCUCCGUACACUUGCUUGCUUACUUAUGCAAUAGUUAG